UGUUCGAGGCAUUCGAGCAUGUUCCAUUCCAAGCGCGCACUUGGGUGAAAAGCAGGGAAGAGUCCGCCUGUACACAUGGUAGCAAGAUUUGUCUUCUGAUAUAAUUCGUGAUUUUGGAUUAAGAUGGAAAGUUUUCCUCGAGGUGGGAAGAAACCUGGAACUAAGAGGUCUGCAACCACGAUGUCCAAGGACGAGCUUAAACCUAAAAAGCGUAAAAUACAAACAAAGGAAAAAACGGUGGGCAAAGAAAAAACAAAUAUUCUCAAUAUUGCACAACAAUUCUCUAAACAACAGCUAUGCCAAGGAUACGUAUUCCUUGGCCGGAUUCGUGAUGUAAAACAAUUAGAGUUGACAGUGUCUUUGCCAGAUGGACUCGUGGGAUCUGUGGAGAUCAGUGAUAUCAGUAAGGCGUACACAAAACAGUUGAAAGACUUACUCGCAAUGGUCAAGAGCAAAGUACCCGUGUCUUUAACACAUAUGUUCAAAUAUGGCGAUUAUGUAACGUGCUACGUCAAAACUCUAUGUGACUCGAGCCGAAGAGACUGCAAAUUGUCUCUGGACCCGGAAUUAAUAAAUCAAAAUAUUUCUAUUAAUUAUCUCGCAAAAGGUUCAAAAAUUGUUUGCUCUGUCAAAUGUAUAGAGGAUCAUGGCUAUUUAAUGGACACAGGCAUAGGUGUUGAAGCAUUUCUCGCCUAUGACCAAGUUGAAAAAGGAAAGCAAUAUUUUACAGGUAGUCAAAUCUUGUGUGCAGUCAAGAAUUUUGACACUAUAAUUGAACCAUCUUUCAUCCAAUUGACAGCUAAAAAGACACGGAUUGACAGGGUGAACUCACACGUAAAAUCUUGGGACGUCUUAACACCGGGAACAAAACUGUUGCUUCGUGUAACAACGGUGCUCUCCGACGGCCUACGAGUUACGUUUGGGGAAGACAAUGUUGGAUACAUAAAUCAAAUUUAUCUAAGCAAUCCUUUAUCUACGUAUACAGUCAACAUGGAAGUGAUUGGCACGUUAUUGUACAGACAACUACUAACGAAAUUUGCGUACUUCAGUCUGCUGACCGACGAGUCGGAAAAGGAGAUGUUACGCGUAGGCGAUAUUAUAGAGAGAGCCAAAUGUCUCUACAAAGUAGUCGAUGGAGUAGUCCUCAAGUUAUCUAAAUCUCGUGGUCUACGUGGAUAUGUCUCUUUCCUCGAGGACAAGUCUGGUUUGUGUUCAACCAAAUUCGAAGUAGGUUCCACGUAUAAGUGCAGAGUCGUCUCGUACAACUUGCUGCAACACCUUUACGUCUGUACAACGAAUACCUCAGCUUUGAAAGACAUCUAUUUCUCAGCUUCUGACUUUAAUAUUGGAGAUGUUCACGAUGUGACGAUCUUGGAUGUUCGACCGACUAAUAACUACGUAGCCGUGAGUCUUGGAAGGGUGCGUGGAAUUGUCCCGCGUGAACACAUAUCCGAUAGCGGCAUAAACUGUACGAAACAACCGGGGGCACUCCACAAGGUCCAGGCGAGAGUCCUGGAUAUAGAUCGCGACAAAAAUCGGAUGAAAUUCACGCUAAAGCGGUCACUAGUAAACAGCCAAUUGCCAAUUUUGCAGGAUUUCGGCGAAGCCAAAUGCGGAUCGAAGUAUCACGGUACGGUCAGCUUGAUAAAUAGGAACGGCUUACUGGUGAGAUUUUACGGGCUGGUAAAAGGCUGGGUUUCGCGUGCUACACUAAACCCCGAUACGGAGCACAUGAAUUGGAACUUUUUCAUCGGCCAGACAGUCACAGUGCGCGUCGAAUCGGUGGAGAAGGACAAGCGAAGAAUGAACCUGACAAUCGUGAAAGAGGAGAAAGAGAAGAAAAGACCAGUCGACCUUUUUGUCGGAGAGAUGGUCAAAGGAACAGUGUCGGAAAGGACCUAUCUAGGGAUAUAUGUGAAGCUACAGACGAAAGAUGACGAAGCUGCCGUGACGGCUUUCUUGCCAGCUGCACACAUGGCUCUGUGCACCAAAAUCGGCGCAGUGCUGACAGCGAGAUACGCUCCUGGAGACGUCAUCAAUAGUAUUGUCUUUGCCACAGAACCAACCGUGCUACUGACACACACUUUAGUGACGCAACACAAAUACAGGAACUUCGACUCGUUGAAAGUGGGUGACAGUAUUCCAUCCUCGGUCUGGGAAAUAUUGCCGAACGGCGUGAAAGUUGUCCUGCCGAUCGAUAAUUAUUCCAAGCUCGGUUUUGUAUCCCGCAAAUGUAUCAGCAAUUUCGAGAAACUGCACGUGAAUCAGAUAUUAUUUGUUAAAAUCAUAGCUAUCAAUUCGCAAGAGAGACGGCUCACUUUGACGAUGUCGCUGAAAGCCGUGUACGAGUGUCUGACCGAUUACGAAGACAAGAUGACGACGGCGGUGGGCAUCUUGCAUUGCUACCUCAGCACACAGCGGGAUCAAGAAGAUAUCUAUGAGCAAAUGAACAAGCCGAUCUCGUCGGUGUAUCUAGGUCAAAAAGUCGUCGGCGUUGUCAAAGAGAUAACUGAGAACGGUCUGCUGUUUCGGGUGUCCGACGGACUGAACUGCAUUGUACGCAAGGAACAUUGCAUCGGCAACCUUAAAUUGGGGGACUCGGUGUGCGGCACAAUCAUGUGGAAGAAUUAUCCGCAUAAUAUCCUCAACGUGACGUUGGUAAAGAGCAUAGGAAACAGUAUCACUUCGCAGAAUAUGCAACUGCCAGAAUUGCCCACCGGGGUUAUGCUGAAAGCGAAAAUCUUGCUCGUUCUCGAUUGGUUCGUACUCAUUCUCGUGAAGCGCAACGGCUUGGGACACUUGGCAGCUCUACCUGUCCGUCGACACAUCAACGACAUUGCUCCCGAUCUAGCUCCUUACAAGAUCCACACUAAGAUCCGGGUGUACGUUGUAAUGACGAAGAGCGAUACUGGCAGUAUUCCAAUUUGUUUGCUAAAGUCUGCAUUCGAAGUACCGAAGAGCACGACCGUGUCGAAAAUAUCAGCUACCAAGACCAAGCACGUGAAGAAGAAAAAGGUGUCUGAGCCGCACAAUCUUGCAAAUUCGACGAAGAAAGCGCUGAAGAAAAAUAAAGUCGAAGAGGAAGAGAGUAGAAUAAAAGACAUAGAUGAACACUCCGAGUCGAACGAAGAUUCUGUCGACGAGAAUGAAACACAGAAGAGCAAAACAGUGAAGAGAUUGCGCCUUCCGGAAUGCGGAUUUUCUUGGAACGACACGGUAGAAUUGGCUGCUCCUGCUGAAACGUCCAGCGACGACGACGAAGAGCCUGAAGAAGAGUCUGAGCGGAACAAGAAAAAGAAGAUAAGUGCGGCUGAGCGGCGAGAACAGGAACGACAGAAGGAACGUGAGAUUCGCCAGCGAGAGGAGGCUCUGGUGAGCAAUCAGAUACCCAAUUCGGUCGAUCAAUUUGACAAAUUGGUCUUGGCAAACCCCGAUAGCUCGCUACUGUGGAUGCAGUACAUGGCGUAUCAUCUGCAGGCUACGGAGAUCGACAAGGCGAGAGCGGUCGCGAGACAAGCCGUGAAAAAGAUCCAUUUCAUGCAGUUUGCUGAGUUAUCAAACGUGUGGAAGGCAUGGCUCAACCUGGAGACCAGAUACGGCACCGCCGAGUCUCUGAACGACGUGUUCCAGGAGGCCGUGAAGAAUAACGAUCCGAGCAUGUACCUGCACAUACUGACUGUGCACGAGGACGCCGGUAAAAAAAAAAAGCUUAAGAGAUUGAUCAAAACCAUGACCAGCAAGUUUAAGGACGAACCCAACACGUGGACAAAAUUCUGCUCGGCGUUGCCGAAACUCGACAAGAAAUCGCGGCGGCUCAUGCGGCAAUCAUUGAACUUUUGAAAUUUGAACUUUUCUUAAAAGUCUACAUCUUUGUUGCGCAAGUCUCUUUCGAUACGUACUUUCGCUAAUUAUUUUUCCUUUCCACCGAUACAUUUUUGUGGCUUUUGACAUUGCGAUGCAGGACUAAACCGAAGUUAGCUCGCAAUGUCAAAAGUGCAUUGCUAUCAACCUUGAAGCCAUAAACCUAACGUCGCGCUGUUGCCACGUUUAACCCGUUUCAUCGAGGGUGAAAUAUUAAUAUUAAUAACAAAUAAUAUUUAUAGUUGUUUAAAUAAUGCAUAUUUACCCUUUUAACUAUAUUCCAAUUACUUUUUCUGUAUUACACUGCUAAAUAAUGUUGUUAAAUAAAUAAGAAAUUUGAUGUUCUAAGGUUGCAUUCUGGGCAUUUUCACUGCCAAAAGUUUUAUUGUAAAAAGUUGUAAAAUGGCAAAUAAACCUAUUAAAGUGCUGAAAAA